AUGUCCGCCGCCAACACUCGCAAGAUUGGUAAUGCAGACGUUUCUGCAGUGGGAUACGGUGCCAUGAGCAUCGCGGGUACGAUGUAUAGCCCCGGCAAGAUCCUGCCCGAUGAGGAGCGUUUCGAGGUCCUGGACACUGCGGUCAAGCUGGGGUGCACGAACAUCGACACAGCAGAUGUCUACCGCGAUGCUGAGGACCUCAUUGGCAAGUGGUUCGCCCGUUCGCCCGAGAUCCGUUCGUCUAUCUUUCUUGCGACGAAGUUCGGUAUAAGGCACUACCCAGACGCGAUAAAGGUCGACGGUCGGCCGGAGUAUGUGCGCGAGGCAAUCGAGAAGUCGCUCGCUCGACUGCAAACGAGCUAUGUGGACUUGUACUACUUACAUCGCGCUGACAAGAGGACUCCGAUCGAGCAUACAAUCAGCGCCAUGGCUGAGCUCGUGAAGGAAGGCAAGGUCAAGCAACUCGGCAUUUCCGGAGUCACUGUCAACACCCUUCGUCGGGCGCAUGCAGUACACCCCAUCGCGGCACUUCAGAUUGAAUACUCGCCCUUCUAUCUCGACCCCGAGCACAACGGGCUGUUUGACGCGUGCCGCGAGCUCGGAAUCACUGUCGUCGCGUACUCGCCUCUUGGGCGCGGGCUGCUUACUGGACGAUACAGGUCGCCAGAUGACUUUGACGCCGAUGAUGGUCGCCGCCGUUUUCCUCAGUUCUCACACGAGAACUUCCCGAAGAUCCUGGCGCUUGUCGACGUGAUCAAGGCCAUCGGAGACAAGCACGGGGCAAGCGCAGGUACGGUGACAUUGGCCUGGGUGCUCGCGCAAGGAGCGGUCCCGAUCCCGGGGACGCGCAAUCUGAAGUACCUCGAGGAGAACAUUGCUGCAGGCCAACUUCAGCUGACCAAAGAGGAAGUGCAGGAGAUACGCGAUGCCGCAGAGAAGUGCGUGGUAGUCGGACAGAGGCUCCCAGCCGGCUUGGAGGAUCUGCUUCCCGGCGAAACGCCGCUGCCUUGA